CCGCCCCCUGAAUGUCUCAUAACAACAGCUGGCAGCAGAAAGACAGAGAGAAUCAAAGAGAGAAAGGGAGAGAGAAAGAGACAGAGACACAGGAAGAGAGGAAGAGAGGAAGAGAGGAAGAGACAGCGACACAGAGAGAGAGAGAGAGAGAUACAGAGAUACAGGAAGACAGGAAGAGACAGCGAGAGAGAGAGACACACACACACACAGACACACACAGAGACAGAGAGACAGGGCUGGGACACUCUCCUCCGCUGUCUGCCUUCCACACAGUAAACAUCAGUCGCUUUCCCCCGCAGCUUCCUCUUCACAACAAUCCUCCUCAGGUCUCUUGUCUCUCCUGCCUCCUCUUCCUCUCCUGGCUGCGGGCGCAUGCUCACACUCGGAGACGGUGCAGUUUUCCGGAGCUCAGAGACACUGACCGUUUUUAAAGAUGACCACCUCAUGGAGUGACAGACUGCAGAAUUAUGCAGACUUGCCCGCCAACAUGGACAGGCUGUCGAUGAAGAAGUACAGGAGAGAGCCCUACCACAGGGUGUUUGUCAACAGAAGUUUGGCCAUGGAGAAGAUUAAGUGCUUUGGCUUUGACAUGGAUUACACUUUAGCAGUGUACAAGUCACCGGAGUACGAGUCACUCGGCUUUGAGCUCACAGUGGAGCGCAUGGUCUCCAUCGGUUACCCCCAGGAGCUGCUCAGUUUUGUGUACGACCCAUCCUUUCCCACCAGGGGCCUUGUGUUUGAUACCAUGUAUGGAAACCUGUUGAAGGUAGAUGCCUAUGGUAAUAUCCUGGUCUGUGUCCACGGAUUCAACUUCCUCCGAGGCCCAGAGAUUCGUGAACGGUACCCAAACAAGUUCAUCCAGAGAGAUGAUACAGAGCGCUUUUAUAUCCUUAACACACUCUUCAACCUGCCAGAGACCUACCUCUUUGCAUGCCUUGUGGACUUUUUCUCCAACUGUGACAGAUACACAAGCUGUGAAACUGGCUUCAAAGAUGGAGACCUCUUCAUGUCCUACAAGAGCAUGUUCCAGGACGUCCGCGACUCAGUUGACUGGGUCCACUUCAAGGGUACGCUGAAGGAGAAGACAGUUGAGAACCUGGAGAAGUAUGUAGUGAGGGAUGGGAAGCUGCCUCUCCUCCUCAGCAGAAUGAAUGAAGUAGCCAAGGUUUUCUUGGCUACCAACAGUGACUUCAAAUACACUGACAAAAUCAUGACCUACCUGUUUGACUUUCCUCAUGGCCCCAAGCCUGGUACCUCCCACCGACCGUGGAAGUCCUACUUUGAUCUGAUCCUGGUGGACGCCAGGAAGCCGCUGUUCUUCGGGGAGGGGACGGUGCUCCGACAAGUCGACACGACAACAGGGCGUCUGAAGAUAGGAACCUACACAGGACCUCUGCAGCAUGGGAUAGUCUACUCUGGAGGUUCGUCAGACAUCGUGUGCGACCUGCUUGGAGCCAAGGGGAAGGAUAUCGUGUACAUCGGGGACCACAUCUUCGGAGACAUCCUCAAGUCCAAGAAGCGUCAAGGCUGGAGGACGUUCCUGGUCAUACCCGAGCUGGCCCAGGAACUGCACGUGUGGACCGACAAGAGCUUUGCAUCAGACUAUUUCCAAGUAUCGCAGUGCAUCAGAAAAAGGACUCAGCAGGGACUUGACCUAGAACAGAAGCUGCAACGUCAGACCUUGUCAUUAUUUGAAGAACUGCAGGGCCUGGACAUUUUCUUGGCUGAACUCUACAAACAUCUGGACAGCAGCAGCAACGAGAGGCCAGACAUCAGCACUCUUCAGGGAAGAGUCAAGAAAGUGACACACGACAUGGACAUGUGCUACGGCAUGAUGGGUAGCCUUUUCCGCAGUGGCUCCAGACAGACCCUGUUUGCCUCCCAAGUGAUGCGAUACGCCGACCUGUACGCCGCCUCCUUCAUCAAUCUACUGUACUACCCCUUCAGCUACCUCUUCCGGGCCGCACAUGUGCUGAUGCCCCAUGAGUCGACGGUCGAACACACCCACGUGGACAUCGACAUGGAGUCGCCGCUGGCCACGCGCAACCGCACCCACUGCAACGACUGCAAGGACAUGGAGUGCAAACGCAACCAGCUGACCCGCUCCUUCAGCGAGAUCAAGCCUCCCAACCUCUUCCCACAGACCCCCCAGGAGAUCACUCACUGCCACGAUGAAGAUGACGACGAGGAGGAGGAGGAGGAGGAGGAGGAGGAGGAGGAAGAGGAAGAGUAGUAAGGUGGACAUGGAGAGGAGAGCCAUGCUCCUGCUCCUGCCUUCCAAUGUUUCCCAGUAGAGUCAGUUGCUCUCUCAGAGUGAGGCAGAGAGGAAACACCUCCAGUAUGUAUGUGUGUGUCUACUGUAUCAGUACUGUAUGCUCACACACACACACACACACACACACACACACACACACACACACACACACACACACACACACACACACACUCUGAGAUUUGUGAGGAAAGUAUAAAGGACCAGUAGCGAGACAGAUUGUAUGAAGACUGUAUUAAUUCUAGGUCCUCUAAUGCAACUUCAUUAUAAGAAAAUUAUAUUUGUUUUUGAUUUAAUCUCUGUAUCCUUUCCCUCACCACACACACACACACACACACACACACACACACACACACACACACACACACACACACACACACACACACACACACACACACACACACACACACACACACAGUAAAAAUAUAAAUAUCACAUAUUGUUUAUCAUUCUGUUUUAUAAGUUGACUUUUGAGACCUGCUGGUGGAAUAAACAGACGUACACUUAAAUCCACCAGACACGGUCAAUACACUGUAGUUUUAAUUACAACACACUAGCCUUGCAGUAUGCACAUUGUAAUCAAACAAAAAAAUAUUUUUUAUGCAACUUGGGAACAACGUUCAGUUUGUCAUGUUUUGCUCCAUUUUGUCGAUUUCCUUCAUGAUAGAGGAGUGAUUUCUUCUAACUUGUAUGUAAGUGUGUGUGUGUCUGUGUGUGUGUGUGUGUAUCUGCCAAAGUAGACUCACUCAGACUGUAGCACCCUGAGUGACGGCGAGCGAAAGAUCCACUGUAUCAACCUGAAGCACUGAAGCACUGAAGCACAGGCCAGCGUGAAGCCGUUAAACAUGUGGUACGCAAGUGGCUGUUGAACUGAUAUUCUGUUACCUAGCAACAAUGAGAACAGAGUACUGUAACUCUAUCUAAUGCCGACAGUCUCUAUGACAACUUUGAGCUACAGUGGUGUGUCUUUAAAUAGCAUCGGGGGGUUCUUUCCCUCCAGCUCGGUUAUUUAGGAGGAAGAAACAUGAUUGUUAUAUUUGAAUAUUUGAGAGGGUUUUAUUUUAAUAGCCGGAUGUAAAAUAUGAGAAGAGUUUGACCAUUUGAAGCAACUAAUAAGAGGUGUGAGGGGAAGCUGUAAUAACAGGAGUGUGAAGGUGGCCUGUGUGUGAGAGGAGGGGUUUUCGGGAUGUGCAGUGCAGAGCUCCGUUCAGUACGUGCACCUCGCGUCUGACUGUGAUCAGCUUGCUUUCUUCAUGUCCUUGGUUCUGAGGCUUUGUCAAGCUUUUGCUCUAACUUGCAUUUUCUUUCAACUUUACAACAAUUGACAAGCUUAGAACUUAAAGCCCUUGAAAACGUUUAAUUCUUUAAAACAAAUAUUUAUGAAUAACGACGGCGUAUUGGGGCCACAUUGAAGUGGAAAAAAUAAGAUUUUCGAGAAUAAAGUUGUAAUACGAGAAAAAACAAUGAGAGGAAAAAAGUCAUAAUAUGAGAAUAUAGCUGUAAUUUAUUGAGAAAAAGUCAUAGUAUUAUAUUAUUAUGGUAUAAAUAAUUAUAAGCAUGCUGGCCAGUGGUCUGCUCCUUCUGGAUCCAAAAUCUAGAUUAACAAUUAUUUAUGUACAAUUCACGACACCCCUUCAAAAACCUCACAGAUGAAACCAACGAUAAUUGUCCAGUCGACCAUUACCAGCGAUGUUCUCCUCCACAAAAGAGACAAUUUCCUCCAAGUCUCUGUGUUUCUUUCGUCAGGAUAGAUUGAGUUUCUCACUCUAUCUUGUCAAACUCCUGAUACUUGUGAUAAAAUGGUGCAGAUGAGUCAAAGUAUUUUGUUAUUUGAAGUAUAAUUUAACAAGAUAUUCCACAGGCCUCAUUUUAACACAGGCGAGAGGCUGAUCUUCUUACAUUCCCCCUCUCACAUGACACACAUUCUAACAUUUGAAUUUUUCUCAUAUUAUUACUUAUUAAUUCAAGAAAUCUCAGAUUUGUAUCCAUUUAAAAGCCCCUAAUACUACGUUGUAAUGAAUGAAUAAGCGAUAUCAAAAUGUAUAAAAGGGUUAGGUAUUCGUUAUUAAUAGUUUAACUGUCAACAACAGUUUACCUGCUUCAUCAAGACUGUGUAGUUUGAUUUGAGUGAGUUAGUGUUUUUAUGUACAUUUUCAAUCUGCAUAAAAAGGAAAGCCUUCAGUGGAAGAACUGUUUCUCCACUGACCUGAGGAGGCAGAGGCGAUGUGUCACAGCUGAUGAAGUGGGAUGCAAACAGACGUAGGGAUUAAAGUAGAAUGAACAAGCAAGGGACUCAAACGAAGGAGUAAAAAGAAGCAGCAGAUAACAUCAUCUGUGUGGAGCAAUGAGGAGACUUUAACGUUUUUCAGAUUUAUACGUGACACAAGCACAAAUUUUACUUUUCCAUGUUGCUGGAGAGGUUUGACGUCGUCACGACGCCCUGCAGACUAUUCUCGAGCUCAGAAAGGAGUGAAGAGUGGUGGAUGCAAACGUACAAGAAUUCACAUUUUCUUUUGGAACAAAGUUGAAAUUUGACCUAAAUUGCGAUGGAAACUUGGCAAGUGACCAAACAGCUGUCACCACAUUUGGAUUUAAACGUUGCCGAGUCCUGAUUGGUGCAAGAAAGCAUGUGAAAUCUCCUUUAUCCCAACCCCUGCCUAUUUCAACUUAGUGGGAAAAAGUUCUCAUGUCCUCGUAUUCAAAUGCAUCAGUGUUGGUUUUCAAAAUGCUAAACGAGAACUACGUGAAUAUCAAACCUGGUGACUUGUUUGUUUUCUUUCCUUCUCUUUUUGAACAUGCAGUGUUUCCUGAAUGUUAACGUUCCUCAUCUUUUUAUAUUCAGUCCUGACGUGCAUCAGUCCUGUAAAUGUCAGCCUGUUGAUUUAGGCCACCAAAGGGAAGAAAUGUGUCGCUACGGUAACACAAACACCCCUUUUCCUCUUUUUUCCCUUCUUUUUUCUACACAACUGAAAUACUGUGUUUGUAUUCUCAUGCGUGACUUUUGUUUCUUGAAUGACUGGAUGUGCUACACGAGGCAGCUGCAUUGCUUAUGAGAAUUACUUUUUUCUUUGUAUAAUUUGCAUAUGCAUGUGAAAAUAAUAAGCGUAUCUGUUCUGCCACGGUAGCAUUUUUUGUUUUAUUUCUCAUGGACGGCAUCAUUUUUAGGAUAAGCUUCUUUUUUGGACAUUGUAGUUUACACAGGGUGAAUCUAAAUCUGUAAAAACUAAACUUGCAAUGAAGGGAAAUGUGAAUAGCAUGUUAAGUACCGUAACUUGUAAUCAACACCAUGGGCUUAUUUUUAUUUAAUUUUUCUAAGCUAGUGUUUUUAAAAUGGUCUUGGUUUACACGUCUGUAAUUAGACCGUUCCAUUUCCUUUUCUUAUCAUCUUUGUUUUUCAAACUGUUUUCUGUUUUUAUAUACUGUACCACAGUGGUCGACCUAAAGCCUGGUGAACAGUUCCACUGUUGUAGAAGACUUUUAACCUUUGUUGUGAUGCAUCCACACUAACAUCCGGUGCCAAAACAGUCACCUGUCUCUCUGUAAACCACGGUGAUCUUUGGUUUUUAUGCAUAUCAAUAUGUUCUCCUGAACAGUGUUUCGUCUGUUUGUUUCCAGAAACUAGCCUACAAACUGUACAUUGAGAAAAUACAUAAAAAAUGUAGAAUAAAAAUAGUUUUUCAUAA